AUAGUUAGCUAGCUAGCGGUUAGCUUGUCUUUAUUGACAAAGUAAAUGACGCGCGAAAUCAAUUUAUAAAAUUUGUCCACUUGAGGGCGCCAAAAACAAGCUUUGACCGAGAUGACCUGUUUCUAUGCUGUCAAAACACAUCUGGAUCAUGAGGAUGAAGCAGAAGGAAAAGGUGUUUGGACCCGGCCGAGAGGAUUCAAUGACUGAAGUUGGGAUUUUAUAGCAAUAUGUUGCAGGUUGUAGUACAGUCUGCAAAUGGGAUUCCCAAAAAGAAACUAGGAAACCCAGAUCCUAUAACUACGGUUGUGUUUAGAGGGGAAAAGAAAAAGACCAAAACAAUCAACAGUGAGCUGAAUCCGGUUUGGAAUGAGGUCCUUGAAUUUGAUCUGAACGGCUCUCCUCUGGAUGCAUCUUCAUUUAUUGAUGUGGUUGUGAAAGACUAUGAAACUAUUGGAAAACACAAGUUUAUUGGCUCCACCAAAAUCCUAUUGGGAGACUUGUCCAGUGGAAAUGUGGCGUCCCUCCCAUUCAAAAAUACGCCUUUAAUUAAUGAGAAACUACAGACAAUUGGGGCAACAAUUUCUCUGCUUAUUGGGUAUGAGAAACCCUCCAGCACUGAUGAUCAAACAGACAACAUGUCUGAUGGUGAGCAGAUGGAGAACGGUGAAGACGACGAUGGGGUCUACGGAUCUCAGGGUGGAAGUCCAACAGUCCCCACUUCACCAAGCCUUCUUCCCCUCUCCAGUAAAAGGCCACUUUGGCUCAACCGAAAGAGGAACAAACCUCCUGCCAGUGAGCCCCAGGACUUCCAGAUUCGUGUUCGAGUAAUCGAGGGUCGACAUCUGCCUUGCAUAAACAUUAACCCAGUAGUAAGAAUACGUUUUGAUGGACAGACUCACAGAACAAAUAUCAGAGGAGGAAGCAACCCCUUUUUUGAUGAGAUGUUUUUCUACAACGUUAACAUGUCCCUCUCAGACCUGUCUGAUGAGCACAUCUCUUUUGGGGUCUAUAAUUCUGCCAUAUUUGACAGUCUACUGGGAAUUGUCAAACUGGAUUUGGGCUACAUCUACAACCAACCUGGUCAUGCCAUUAUGAGGAAAUGGCUCCUGCUGGAGGAUCCCGAUGACUCCACCAAGGGGGGCAAAGGAUACCUGAAAGUCAACAUAAUCAUUGUGGGCACUGGAGACGAAGCACCGAUGGAGAAUAGACAGGUCAGUGCUGAGCAGGACGACAUAGAGAGUAACCUGUUGAUACCAAGUGGGGUCAUCAUGCGGAUAGCCACGCUGAGCCUUAAAGUCUAUCGUGCUGAAGAUAUGCCACAGAUGGAUGCUGCCGUUGUUCAGACAAUGAAGCAAUUCUUUGGAGGAGAAGUAGACAAGAAAAACUUGGUCGAUCCGUACUUAGAAGUCAACUUUGCCGGGAAAAAGGAGUGCACUAAAAAAAUUCAGAAAAAUGCAAAUCCAGAAUGGAAUCAGGUCAUCAAUCUCCAUGUCAAAUUCCCAUCCAUGUGUGAAUGCAUCAAGUUAACCAUGUAUGACUGGGAUCGUCUGAUCAACAAUGAUGUCAUUGGAACAACGUUUUUAAAUUUAAGUCAAAUAUCUCACUCUGGUGGCGACUCUGAAGUGGGUUCCACAGCGUCAGAUGUUGGUUUCCUCCCAACUUUUGGACCUUGCUUUGUUAAUCUGUACGGAAGUCCUAGAGAGUUUGGAAACCUGCCUGACAGAUUUGACGAACUCAACUGUGGCAACGGAGAAGGAGUUGCUUACAGAGGAAGGGUCCUUGUAGAGCUUUCUGUGCAUUUGGAUAGAAAAGUAGAGAAGAGUGUGGAUGAUAUUCCAAAUGAUGACAUCUUGGUGGCACAGAAGUACCAGCGCAGGAGGAAGUACUCUCUGUGUGCUGUCUUCCAUACUGCCUGCAUGCUACAGGAGCCUGGAGGGCCAAUCCAGUUUGAAGUCAGCAUGGGUAACUAUGGCAACAAGCUGGAUUCCACCUGUAAAGCCAUGCCGUCCACAACCCAAAGCAGCUUUGCUGUGUUUGAUGGUACGAACCAAAACCUGAUGUUUAUCAGACAAAAUUUCAUUUCACACCAUUCAUAUAAAUAUACCCAAACUCUCUCUACAGACAAUCAAUAUUAUUACCUACCCUGGGCUGACUUCAAGCCAGUGGCGAUCCUCACUUCUUACUGGGAGGACAUCAGUCACCGUUUGGACGCCAUCAACAUGCUCCUCUUCACUGCUGACCAGAUGGAAUCAAACCUAAAUUUGUUGAAAGCAGCCAUCUCGGCCAAGGAGCCUGAGUCCCGACUGACAGAGAUUUGGCUCAAACUCAUUGACGGCGUCAUUGACGAUCUUAAUAGAUUAAUGCUACCGGCCCUGGAGGAUCGGUACAAUGUCACAGUGCUGGAUCUCAAAAAAAAGCAUCUGCGGGAUGCGGCCCUGUACAACAUCAUGGAGAUGGCCUGCAAAAUGAAAGAAGAAGCCAAAGAUGUUGGGUCUACUGUCGCUGACAUUGAGCUCUGGCUGGAGAGAAUCAAGCAGCUGGCAGAAGAGCCUCAAAAUAGCAUACCUGAUGUGAUCAUCUGGAUGUUCAGAGGAGAGCAGCGAGUGGCUUACGCCAGAAUCCCAGCCCACCAGGUCCUGUACUCAAGUCACAGCAAACAGGCUUGUGGGAAACACUGUGGAAAGACUCAGACCAUCUUCAUGCAGUAUCCCAUGGAUAAAAACAAAGGUUUGACGAUUCCCGUUCAACUCCGUGUCAACAUGUGGCUCGGCCUCUCCGUUCAAGAGAAAGAGUUCAACGAGUUCUCUGAAGGAAGCUUCAGCAUCUGUGCUGAAAUGUACGAGAAUCAGGCUUUGUUUGGAAAAUGGGGAACCGCCGCACUGGUCAAUUGUCCCAAGUUCUCGGAUGUUACCGGAAAAAUCAAACUCAAACAAGAGAGCUUCAUGCCUCCCCUGGGAUGGGAAUGGGAGGGAGGUUGGUUUAUAGAACCAGAACGAGGCUUGCUGACGGAGGCAGAUGCAGGCCACUCAAAGUUCACAGACGAAGUUUUCCAGAAUGAAACCCGUUUUCCUGGUGGAGAGUGGAAGCCUGCAGCUGAGCCGUACACAGACCUGAAUGGGGAACAGCUUCAGAGCCCUGAAGAGUUCGAGUGUCCUCCUGGAUGGACCUGGGAGGGCGACUGGAGUUUUGACAGCAACAGACCUGUAGAUGAGAAAGGUUGGGAGUACGGAGUGGUCCUACCCCCUAAUGAGAAACCUGGUUCCUGGGUUGCAGCAGAGAAGAUGUUCCAUGUCCACCGCAGGAAGAGACUUAUCAGAUCAAGGAGGAAAAUACCGGAGAAAAGGAUUGUCGCUAAGAGGCAAAAUUCCGAAGAAGGCUGGGAAUACUCGUCCCUGUUUGGUUCAAAGUUUCACAGUAAGGAGCGCUGCUCCGACACCUUUCGUCGCCGCCGCUGGAGGAGAAAGAUGGUCCCUUCUGACUGCUCUGGUUGUUCUGCCAUCUUCAAGCUGGAGGGAGCAUUGGGUGUUGAUGUUAAAGAAAAGGCGAGUAGAACAGAGGCAGACAAAUUGCUCGGUGCCAAGACCCCCACUGUUUCCUGUCAUUUCAGUCGCUCGUACAUUUACCAUCUCAGGGUGUACGUCUACCAAGGCAGGAAUCUCUGUUCCAUGGAUCACAACAGCUUCUCCGAUCCCUAUGCCCAUGUCUCAUUUCUGCACAUGAGUAAGACUACACACGUCAUGCAGAACACACUGAACCCCACAUGGGACCAGACUCUCAUCUUUGAGGACAUCGAAAUCUAUGGUGACCCACAAACCAUUGCCAGCAGCCCUCCUGAAGUGGUCCUGGAGCUGUAUGACAGCGAUCAAGUGGGAAGGGAUGAGCCCAUGGGUCGCUGCAAAUGCCCCCCUUUAGUCAAUCUGAAGCCAAAUGUUGGUGGUGGCAGUCCAAAGCUGCAGUGGUUACCGGUCACCAAAAAGGGCCGCAGCGCUGGAGAGCUUCUCCUGGCUGCCGAGCUCCUACUGAAAGAAAAGUUGAAUGAUGAAGAUCUUCCAAUAGUUCCCCCCCGGCGGAGUGAGACGCUCUACAUGGUUCCUCAGGGAAUCAAACCAGUCGUACAGCUAACAGCCAUUGAGGUCCUGACUUGGGGCUUGAGGAACAUGGAAGCCUUCCAGCUGACUCCAGUGUCCUCCCCCAGCUUGGUAGUGGAAUGUGGGGGGGAGAGUGUUCAAACGGCUUUCAUCAAAAACUUCAAGAAGAACCCGAACUUCCCCGGAUCUGUCCUACUCCUCAAAGUGCUUCUUCCCAAAGAGGAGAUGUACGCACCUCCCAUCGUACUGAAGGUAAUCGACCACAGAGCCUUCGGUAGGAAACCUGUGGUGGGACAGUGUACUAUCCACUCUCUGGGGCAGUUCCGCUGUGACCCGUACAAAACCAACAGCGACAUCUGCACGUCCUCCACAGUGCCAAUGAUGGCGGCUGCUCGAGAAAAUGUUGUUAUAGAUUUGGAAUCCAAAGCCAUAAGAAGAACUCUGCUUCAGGAAGAAAAGGAGGACGUUGACUGGUGGAGUAAGUUUUAUGCUUCUCUGGGAGAGCAACAGAAAUGUGGCCCCUACCUGAAGAAAGGAUACGACACAUUUAAGGUUUACAACUGUGAACUGGAAAAAGUGGAACAGUUUCAGGGCCUAACUGACUUCUGCAGCACGUUCAAUCUUCAUCAAGGAAAAUCUCUUGACGAUGAUCCUUCUGUGGUGGGACAGUUCAAAGGGUCAUUCAAGAUUUACCCGUUGCCCGAUGACCCAAGAGUUCCUGCUCCUCCUCGGCAGUUCAAAGAAAUUGCAAAAAGCAACCCACAGGAGUGUCUGGUCAGAAUAUAUGUGGUCCGCUGCACUGAGCUACAGUCUAAGGACUCAAACGGCAAGUGUGAUCCUUACAUUAAGAUCACACUUGGCAAGAAAACAGUGGAUGAUCGCGACAACUACAAACCAAACACCCUAAAUCCAGAGUUUGGAAGGAUGUUUCAGUUGUCGUGCAUCCUGCCUCAAGACAAAGAUCUGAAGAUUGCUGUUUAUGACUUUGACAAGUGGAGCCGGGAUGAAGAAGUGGGCGAGACGGUGAUCGAUUUGGAGAACAGACUUUUGUCCUAUUUUAGACCACGUUGUGGUCUGCCACAAACCUACUGUGUGUCAGGGGUAAAUCAGUGGAGAGAUCAACAAAAGCCUUCUCAGAUCCUUCAGGAUGUGGCCAAAAUGAGGGGACUUCCUCCUCCCAUCAUGGAGGAAGACGGCAGAUCAAUGUUGUUCUCAGGAAGACGAUUCCACCUGCAGGACUUUGAGGCAAACUCUGUGAUCCACUCUCACUUAGGCCCGAUGAAAGAAAGGCUUUCCCUGCAUGUGCUCAGAAACAUGGGCUUAGUGCCAGAGCAUGUAGAGACCAGAACCCUGAGCAGCUCCUACCAAUCAAAUCUAUCCCAGGGACGGAUCCAAAUGUGGGUGGACAUUUUCCCCAAGAGUCUCGGCUUACCUGGCCUGCCGUGUAUCAUCAGCCCCCGCAAAGCCAAAAAGUACUACCUGCGAGCCGUUAUUUGGAACACAGUGGAUGUCAUUUUAGAUGACACAAGCAUCACUGGAGGGAAGUCCAGUGACAUCUUUGUGAUAGGGUGGAUGCCUGGAAUGGAGGAGGAUAAACAAAGGACUGAUGUUCACUACAGUUCUCUGGAUGGAGAGGGUAACUUCAACUGGAGGUUCAUCUUUGAAUUUGAAUACUUGUCUGCAGAGCAGCUCUGUGUCAUCUCCAAGAAGGAACAUUUUUGGAAUUGGGACAAAACAGAAUAUCGGAGUCCACCUAAACUGAUUGUCCAGAUCUGGGACAAUGACAGGAUUUCAUUGCAUGACUACUUGGGUUCUCUUGAGCUGGACCUGCUCAAUCUUGUCCCUCCUGCCAAGACCCCAGAGAAGUGUACCCUUGAAAUGUUUCCGGGAAUGAUGGGAACUGUUGCCCCCAAAGCAAAGCCUAAAUCCCUUUUCUCCCGCAAGUCUGUGCGAGGCUGGUGGCCAUGUGCAAAUGUGAUGAAUGGAAGUCGAACGCUUACUGGAAAAGUUGAAAUGACACUGGAAAUAGUGGAAGCGAAGGAAGCGGAGGAACGACCUGCCGGAAGGGGAAGAAAUGAACCCAACAUGAAUCCCAAACUGGACCCACCCAAUCGCCCUGAAACAUCUUUCGCCUGGUGUACAAAUCUUUUCAACGUCCUGAGGUUCAUGUCGAGGCUCAACUUUAAGUGGAUUUUAGCUGGAGGAAUUCUUCUUGUGUUGAUCAUCUUAUUCCUUGUGAUCAUGCUCUGCUUCAUACCUAGUUACCUCGCAAUGAAGAUCGUGAAGCCUUUGGCCUGAGAACUUCCAGAGAGACUGUUGUUUUUUUCUGCAGCAUAAUCUUCACU